CGCUGAGAAGAUUAAAUGACUCAGCCCCACAGAGGGCUCCAGCCCGGUGUGACAGAGAGCUGUGGUGCCCUGGCACUCAGGCUGCCCACUGACCUGCCUCUGGGCGAGGUCUCAGCCUACAAGUCCGUGACAACAGUGGGCCAUCCCCGUCAGGGCCCACACUGGACCACCAAGAUCCUCCCAGCCCCAUGGAUUAGUACCUGUGAACACCUGCGCAUCUGCCCCCAGGGCUACACCUGCUGCACCAGUGAGAUGGAGGAGAACCUGGCCAACCGCAGCCAAGCGGAGCUGGAGAGUUCACUCCGUGACAGCAGCCGCGCCCUGCAGACCAUGCUGGCCACCCAGCUGCGGGGCGUGGACGACCACUUCCAACAGCUGCUGAACAACUCGGAGCGAGUGCUGCAGGACACCUUCCCUGGUGCCUUUGGGGAGCUGUACACACAGAAUGCCCAGGCCUUUGGGGACCUGUACACUGAGCUGCGCCUCUACUACCAUGGCGCCAACCUGCACCUGGAGGAGACGCUAGCGGAGUUCUGGGCACGGUUGCUGGAGCACCUCUUCCGGCAGCUGCACCCCCAGCUGCCGCUGCCUGAUGACUACCUAGACUGCCUGGGCAAGCAGGCUGAGACACUGCGGCCCUUUGGGGAUGCCCCACGGGAGCUGCGCCUGCGGGCCCCCCGGGCCUUUGUGGCCGCUCGAGCCUUCAUACAGGGCCUGGGUGUGGCUGGCGACGUGGUGCGGAAGGUGGCCCAGGUGCCCCUGAGCGCGGAGUGCUCGCGCGCCGUCAUGAGGCUGGUGUACUGUGCCCGCUGCCUGGGUGUUCCUGGUGCCCGGCCCUGCCCCGAUUACUGCCGGAACGUGCUCAAGGGCUGCCUUGCCAACCAGGCUGACCUGGACGCCGAAUGGAGAAACCUCCUGGACUCCAUGGUGCUUAUCACGGACAAGUUCUGGGGCCCAUCGGGCGCAGAGAACAUCAUCAGCAGCAUACAUGUGUGGCUGGCAGAGGCCAUCAAUGCCCUUCAGGACAACAGGGACUUGCUCACAGCUAAGGUCAUCCAGAGCUGCAGGAACCCCAAAGUCAAUCUCCAGGGCUCAGGGCCAGAGGAGAAGCCACGCCAGGGAAAGCUGGUGCUGCAGGAGAAGCCCUCCACAGGUGCCCUGGAGAUACUGGUCUCAGAGGCCAAGACCCAGCUCCGAGACGUGCAGGACUUCUGGAUCAGCCUCCCCGGGACACUGUGCAGCGAGAAGAUGGCCAUGAGUUCCGCCAGUGAUGACCGCUGCUGGAACGGGAUGGCCAAGGGCAGGUACCUGCCCGAGGUGAUGGGUGAUGGGCUAGCCAACCAGAUCAACAACCCCGAGGUGGAGGUGGACAUCACCAAGCCCGACAUGACCAUUCGGCAGCAGAUCAUGCAGCUGAAGAUCAUGACCAACCGGCUCCGCGGAGCCUACGGAGGCAACGAUGUGGACUUCCAGGAUGCAAGCGAUGAUGGCAGCGGCUCAGGCAGUGGUGGCGGCUGCCUGGACGACACCUGCGGCCGGAGGGUCAGCAAGAAGAGCUCCAGCUCCCGGACACCUUUGACCCACACCCUCCCUGGCCUCUCAGAGCGUGAAGGACAGAAGACCUCAGCUGCCAGCUGCCCCAGUCCCCACACCUUCCUCCUGCUGCCUCUCCUUACCCUGGUCCUCGCAGCAGCCAGACCCCGGUGGCGGUAACUGCCCCACAGCUGCAGGGACCAAGGUCAAGGACAGACUGCCAGAACUCAAAGCAGACGAUAUUUAAUCCCCCUUAGCCUGCAGAGGCUCAGGGCAGGACAGGGACAGCAGCUGUGUGCUGGGCAGGGUUUGUGGGGCCCUGACCCCUGAGGCCUGGCCUCGCCUGCUACCCUGGCUUUUAACUUUGUAUGAGGUCCUCAGGUCAGCUGUGAGCCGUGUCCCCAAAAGCCAUGUAUUUCAGGGACCUCGGGGGCACCUCUGGCUGCCCACACCUUCCCCAGCACCCUGUCCCACCUGAGGCCCACAGAGGAGAUGGCCCUUAGCAGCAUCCCGCUGGAGCCCUCAUGUGAGCCUGUGCCUUCCUCUCCUGCGCCUUCCAGCUUCCGACGUCAGAAAGGGAGGCCCAGCCCUCAGCCUCCAGAAGUCUCAAGGACUGUGAGGGUCCCGCUCAGGCUCUGGCGGGCCUUUGAGCUUAUGCAUGAUACCUUCCACUCGGCAGGGGCUCUGUGCCCGGCCUGGCUCCUGUGCCACUCUGGAGCCUGGUGGAGGGUCCUCAGGUGAUUUGCAGAGGGUGGCGCCCAGCACGGCCACAGGCUCUUCUGUUAGUCGCACUUUUGUCUGAGGUGGGGCUCAAUCCCCAAUACCCAGGGAAGUGUGGUGCUCUGCAGAGUCUGCACCAGGGACCCCACUUCUAGGGAACCGCCAGCCCCUUCUACCCCAUCCCACGCAGACAGGGUGACACAGAUGAGGGCUGCAAGCCAGCCACAGGGUGGGGCUGGCUGGUGAAACUUCAGCUCAGGACUGGUGAGACCUAAGGCUGCAAGCCAGGGACACCUGGCCAGCUGCAGGGGUGAGGGGUGUGGCAGUCAAGGGCUUUCCAGACACGCACACAUGCACUCUCCCUGUCCCCCUGCCAUUCCAAGAGACGCUCUGUCCUCCACCCAGCGUUGGCAAGGCCUGGGGCCUGCUGGGAUCCUGGUGUUCCUUAUGGCUCACUAAGGCCAUUAGAGCCAGGCCACCCUCCCUGCUAGGCCCAGCUGCUGCAGGCCCCCGGGGAGGAGGCAGGGAUGGCUAAGCUGCUAUGGCGUGGGAGCAGCAGUCUGACCAUCUAGCAGCCCAAAGUGCUUUGCUUUUCUCAUCGGGUUGGAGCGGCCUUACCCCAGCGGUGUCCACAGUGGGGCGGACCAGGUCUUCAGCCAUUUGUCAGUCCCUGGUGUGAGGCAGUGUUCUCUGAAAUUGCUCUUGGACGUGGAGGGCCAGAGCCGUGCAGGCUGGAGGCGGGGCCAACAGGUCACUGGUCAGAGCCCUGAGCAAGUCUGUGACACCCUUCAUGAUACCACUGGCCGCCCAGUGUUACCAGGUGACACCCAGUGUCAGCAGGUGACGUGUUGAGUCCUUGUAACAAUAAACGGCUGGAGACCUACAGCAGGA